GGUGUUCUUCUUUCCUUAAACCAUUUGUGGUUGAACAGUCAUAGUGUUGUUAACCGAUACAGCAGCGCCCUCUCGUGGUCGGGGCGAGUGGCUGCAGCGCGAGGACAGUGGUCCACGGAGAGUCUCCUUAUCAACUUCACUGUCUUUCAGAGACCAAUUGGCUAACUAGUAAUGGCAGCACUCACAGAAACAACUCCUCAGUGGAAAACAACCAUUAUAGUCAGCACAUCACUCCAGAACCAUGAUACCACCAGGAUGCUCAGUGCACAACGGCACCGCAUCAGAUUUUCAGACAGUGUGGAGUCCCGAGCCUUUAUUUUUCCUCUGUCGGGUACUGCAUUUCUGUUGGUGGACCCUCAAGCUCUUCCAGAGCAUUUUGAGGAAUCAGGAAUCAUUGAGAUGAUAAAGAAGUUUGUGCAAGUACACCGGAACAGCUUUCUACUUCUGUAUGGCCCCUUUAAUGGGAAAAAAGAGUUGGAAAUCUUGUCAGAGAUUCAGCGCCGAUUUUUUGGCAGAAACCUCAGGAUCCUGCCCGUGCGAAACACCGCUGAGGCUGUCAAGGGAAUGUUGACAAUUGCCAAGGCCACCAGUAAGCCCCAUGUAGACAACAUACGUGACCGGAUGUCUCUGGCUCGGGCUCACGUUAUUGAAAGCAGUCCUGUGUGGGAGAUGCUAAGAAACACAAUGUAAAGCUCAGCAGAAUCUUCAUGACGGGUGAACACGAGCAUGCUUACCUCAGCUGCACUGUGACAGAAGAGUAUUGACUUUCCCAUCUCUGGAUUAUGUCAUUCACCUGAUCUUCAUUCAUCAUCAAUAUCCUAUUAUCAAUAUAUUUAUUUCCAUCACAAUAGAUGCUGUGGUAGCUCUAAGAACAAGUGUCGGCACCAAUAUCAAAAUGACCAAAUGUGAUGCUUUGCUGACGUCUCGAGGGAGAGAGACGGCCUUAAGAAACCAGAAUAUAAACCUCUUAUCUCCCUUUGUGCCUGACAUGUAAUAGGAUUAAACCAGAGCAUGGAAAAUGUGGAACUGUCUGGAAAGAUCCAGUCAUAACAAUAAAUUCACUCCUGUAAAAUAAAUAGUGCAGAGGUGGUCACACUUUGAAAGGACCUCAGAUAUAUUGCACCGGGGACCCUUCUGUAAAUAGCUUUGUAAUCCAGUUAAAGUCAUCUGAGUGUGUUCGUGCUUUAUCGAGCACACUGCUGCCCACUGUCAAAUGCACUCACUGAAAUAUUUGCCUAAUUUCCUGCACUGUAGGUGGGGAUAUGCCACUAAACACACACUGUGACAAAAAUAGCAGUUCAUAUUAAAGUUCAUGUUGCACUUACAUCCACUGAAAACAUGAUUUGUUCUUUUUGAAAUAAUUGUUUGCAGCUUAUUUUCUGUACAAUGAGCUUUGCUAUAAAGGAAAAUAUUGAAGGUUGCACAAAUCAAGUACAUUUUUCUGCCAGUCAUUCUUCAGAGCAUGCUGAGGUGUUAUACAUUGUUGAACUGGGUUUCCCCCACC